AUGCGAGCUACGCUGUGCCUUCUGGCCGCCCUGCUGGGUGCCGCCAGCGCCCAGUGGGACCCCAACGUGGUGGACGGCCGCAGCGCCAUGGUCCACCUGUUCGAGUGGAAGUGGUCGGACAUCGCUGCCGAGUGCGAGAACUUCCUGGCACCCAAGGGCUACGGCGGCGUACAGGUGUCCCCACCGAACGAAUACCUGGCCAUCACCACCAGCAACAGACCGUGGUGGGAACGCUACCAGCCGGUCUCCUACAAGAUCAUCAGUCGCUCUGGAGACGAAGCCGCCUUCACCGACAUGGUGAACCGCUGCAACAACGUAGGAGUACGCAUCUACGUGGACGCUGUGAUCAACCACAUGAGCGCCACGCAGGGCGGUCUGAGCGGCGUCGGGGGCAGCAACCCCACGGCCUACAACUACCCAGACGUUCCGUACGGACAGAACGACUUCCACUAUCCACCCUGCAGCAUUACCAACUACAACGACGCCACCAACGUUCGCAAUUGUGAACUGUCUGGACUUCAGGAUCUGAAUGAUGGGUCAGAAUACGUACGUGGGAAGAUUGCGGACUACAUGAACAGCCUGAUAAAUAUUGGCGUCGCUGGUUUUAGGAUUGAUGCAGCGAAGCACAUGUGGCCGGACAACCUCGCAUUGAUCUAUGGCGCUUUGAACGAUCUCAACAGCAACUACUUUGGUAGUGGCAAGAGGCCACUCAUCUUCCAGGAAGUUAUUGACCCAGGAACCGAAGCUGUGAAGAAAACUGAAUAUAUCGGCAUGGGAAGAGUGUGUGAAUUUACGUAUGGAUCGUCGCUCUCAAACUGCUUUAGGAGGAACAACCAAAUGAAGUGGCUUGUCAACUUUGGUGAGGAAUGGGGCAUGGUCAACGGGAACAACGCACUGGUUUUCAUUGACAACCACGACAACCAGAGGGGCCACGGAGGCGGUGGUAACGUCCUUACUUUCCAGGAGCCGAAGCUUUACAAGAUGGCCGUCGCAUUUAUGCUGGCAUGGCCUUUCGGCUACCCGCGAGUGAUGUCCAGCUACGAAUUCAGCAGCUCCGACGACGGACCUCCACAGGACAGCAGCAACAACAUCAUCUCUCCCACCAUCAACUCUGACGACUCCUGCGCGAGACCGUGGGUGUGCGAACACCGCUGGAGGCAGAUCUACAACAUGGUCGGCUUCAGGAACGUUGCUGGAACCACCGCCAUGGCCAACUGGUGGGACAAUGGUAACUACCAGAUCGCCUUCUCGCGAGGAAACGUUGCUUUCAUCGCGAUCAACAACGAAGCUAGCGCCGAUCUGAAGCAGACCUUACAGACUGGUCUACCAGGUGGCACGUACUGUGACGUUAUAUCUGGUAACGUGAACGGCAACAGCUGCACCGGCUCCACCAUCACUGUCAACAGCGACGGCACGGCCUACAUCGAGAUCCUCACGUCUGCCGAUGACGGCAUGGUCGCUAUUCACACCGGGGCGAAGAUCGGUUGAGCACAGUUGUAUACUGGGGACUUCAAAAAUCAGCACCACCAACGACAUCACUCUGUCUUCUGGAUUCAUUCCAUCUCUUUUUGAUAAAUGUUGUGAAUCUUCGUUGUGAAAAAUGAUGGCAAAUAGACAACUUUG